GGGAUCUUACAGGUCGUCCAAGGAUCCCAGAAGGGACGACAAUUCCAGUAACAGUACAACAUGCCACUCGCCUUCUCCGCCAAGGCACGUGCAAAAUUUUUUGCGGAUGCUCUACAACACCGCCGCCGCGUCACCGCUGAGCCCAGAUCGGUUUGCAGCUCCUGUAGUGCUAGAUCAUGUGCGGAGCAGCCACAACAUAUUGGACGAGCGUGGGGCUUCGACAAGUGCUCCGAGUGCGACUGGGACACCUCCUGGACCAAACGCCGAGUUCGUGCGGCAACGUUUGAACAACCGCGUGGCUGCUUCACGGCUGGUUGUACAGACCGAUCCGGAAUAUAGCAGUCAUAUUUAAGAAUAAUACAGAUAGAAGUGAAUAAACAAUAACAAGUGUUUUCUAUUUAUACUUACUAUCAAUCAUGAUUAUCGUUACCCCAAAGAAAUGCACUAGUCAGGCAUCCUUCUGAGGGCUGGAUUCGCUAUGUGAGCGAGCGGUUUUCAUUAACUGGACUCCACCGGAAAAGCUUCCCGUCCUGACUGUUCUCUUUAAAGAAAUCAGGGAAAAAGGCAUGUCGUGCACUCAAGCCCCCCCUCACUCACAGACGUGUGAUGAAAAAACACCGCUAACAUACCGCGCGAAACGCUUACGAGGGCUUCGAGACAACAGUUAUGGGCCAAUAUGUAGAGCCUGUGUCUGCAUACAUAGUACAGCCAUACACAGAUUGAUCAUUAUAUAUCAUGAAUCUACAACUAUGUGUAUGUCUCUUGCUUCUAAAGGACCCUUGCAAAGUCUAAGUCAUGAACAUGAUUGAUACUAUCAACAUAGCCACCACCUGCCCCAAACAGUACUACAGUCACGAAUCAUCAAGACCAGGACCACCCACUGUUGACCACCCCUUCCCACCCGUGGUCAUCCUACUCAGAAUAAUGAAAGAACGACAUUAUAA